AUGUUGUGGGAUUUAGUUAAAGCUGAUGGUUCAGAAGAUGAUAUGAUCUUUGAUUAUGACAAUCUCAUAGAUGAAAAUCAAGAAAAUGAAUUAUUAGAUGAAAUGGAUGAAAAUGAUGAUAAUGAGGGAAAUGAUAAUAAUGAAAAUGAAUAUAAUAAUUGGA